AUGGUGGUGAACGGCCGGCCGCUGAAGAGGGCGAGGGCGCGGGUGGAGGCCAGGGACUUCGCCGGGUUCCCGGCGGCCGGAGACGGCGGGGCGGCCGGGACGUUCAGGGAGGCGGUGAGGGGGUUCCUCGCGAAGCACGCGAGGCUGCUCCCACUCCCGUCCAUCUUCUCGCCGGCGGCCGCCGCCUCCCCGCCGCACCUGCUGAUCUGGAGGGUGUCCCUGAGGGUUGGGGAGGCGGGGGAGGAGGAGACCGGCGGCAGGGUGGAGCUCAACGUCGUUGAGGAGGAUGUGCUCCGAUCGCGAUCUGUGUAUUGUGAUCAGUGCAGAGUCGUGGGAUGGAGUGGCCACCCAGUCUGCGGGAAGCGAUACCAUUUCAUCAUCGAGAACGACUGCAACCAGCUCUCCGGCCACCGGCGCACCUGCUGCCUGCGCUGCGGGACUCGCAUGGUCGCUGGAGAAUCAAGGUGUGCCCUCUGCAACUUUGAUAUGGAUGGUGAGGAAAUCGAAGAGUGUGCAUACCUGCAUCUGGAUGACUCCUCUCACUUGCUGCACGCUGUAGUGCAUGCCAACGGUUAUGGGCACCUCCUAAGGGUAAAUGGCCGUGAAGGUGGCUCUAGAUUCCUCACUGGCCGUGACAUAAUGAGCUUAUGGGAUCGCUUGUGCAAGGUGCUAUAUGUGAGGAAGGUCACUGUCAUGGACAUCUCCAAGAAACAUGGAAUGGACUACAGACUUCUGCAUGCAGUCACAAGUGGGCACCCAUGGUAUGGUGAAUGGGGAUACAAGUUUGGUGCUGGCAGCUUUGCACUUACCUCAGAAACCUACCGAACGGCUGUAGACAUGCUUUCCAGUAUACAUCUGGCGCUGUACUUUUCCAACCGAAGCCCCAUCAGGACUCCACUGCAGAACACAAUUGCUCUUUACUGGGCACUCUCUGAUCGCCAACUGGUGACCCUACGGGACCUUUUCCGCUUCAUUAUGCACCUGCUUCAUCAAACUCAGAAGAUGUCAAAACCCUCAACUUAUAAGCGCAUGGAUCUUACAUCUAAUGUGCUUUGUGUGUGGACUAAAGAUGAUCUUGAUCGAGCAGAAGCUGCAAUGCUUAAGGUCCUCCGGGUUGUGCAAACUGGACAGUGGGUAUCUUGGCGUGCACUUAGGGGAGCUGCCUCAAAGGCUGUUGAUUCACAGGAGCUGCUUGAUUAUUCUCUUCGAGAACUGGGUGGAAAACAACUGGAUGAUGGCCAUUUUGUUGCUGUCCGCUGCAAUGCUGAGACAAGUGCAAUUGAGUACAGGCUGGAAUCUUCCUCCAUUCAGUCACCAGUUAAUGCAGCGAUGUUUGAGCCUUCUGUUGAACAUCUCCUGCAUGAUCUUAGAUUCCUCUACGAUGCUCUGCUGAACCCAGAGUCCAUGCUGUCUUCACAACCAGAGGUGGUGGGUGCAGCAUCACAUAGUGCAGCAGCAAAGAUUCUGGAUUGCAAGCAGUUCAUCAAGCAUUAUGACGAGUAUGCUCUAAGGACUCCUUCAAACCCAUUCUUGCUCUGUGUGAGGUGCUCCAUUGAACUACUUGAUCACCCGAAAGACUACACAGCACCUCCAGACGAACUUGUAUUUUUACCGGCAAGUGCUACCCUUGCUGAACUGAAAGUGCAGGCUUCAAGGGCAUUUCAAGAGACGUACCUCAUGUUCCAAAGCUUCCAGGCUGAAGAGCUCCCUGACUUUCCAAACUUCAGUGACACAACCCCUGUGAAGCAUGUGCUUGGAUCAGGCCAGCUUGUUCGGUUAAGGGGACGAUGCACUGGAGAUUAUCGGAGGAUUGUACAGUUCAGGAUGGAAAGGGGUUUGGAGAACUGGACUGUGGACUGCUCAUGUGGUGCCAAGGAUGAUGAUGGUGAACGUAUGCUAGCAUGUGACAUGUGCGGAGUCUGGCAGCACACCAGGUGCUCAGGGAUCAGUGAUUUCGAAGAAGUCCCUGAAAAUUUCAUUUGCAGGAAGUGUGCUAGCCCACACAAAGGUAAAGGCCGUGGUGGUGGGGGUAGCAAUGGUGGUGGAAGAGUGGAGGUUAGUGCAGGGGCAGGGAGGUGCAAGGACGAGAUUGGAUCAUCUGUUGGUGGUGCAGGCAAGUUUGGGCGCAUGGCAACAGUUGGAUGACUGUACAUAAUGUAGUGAAAUGUAAAUAGUGAUAUGGAGAGUAGUAAGCUGCACCAAAAGGCCUUUGUGGACCUUGAGUGGUUAAUGGAUCUUGUUUAUGACCACUGAUGUGAUGUUAAUCUAUUCUCCUUGCAGUUGCACCCA